AUGGGAAAGAAAUUUAAACAUUCAAAAAUAUUUCCUAAUAACCCAAUGCUUAUGUGUAUAUGCGGUAGUUCAGGAGUCUCUUCCCCAAGGGAUAUUCUAAGCGAUGGAAGAGGAAGGAAAAACCAAUUCACUUUUAAAAUGCAGUUUAUAUACACGAUCACAAAACACAGAAUUCAUGACGAUUUUUUGAGACAAGAGAAAAAGUUGAGCAAAUUAGAAGCUAUUGUCACGGACAAAUCGUAUUAUUUCAAUCUUCCAUUCGAAAGUGACACCGUCUUCGAUAGAAAAGACCGAAGUUGUAAAUCAAACAAAUACGGAUUCAAAGCAGAAAUAAAAGUGGGUGCUCUCAUAGACGGAGAACCUAAAAACGUAUUCGAUAUCGGCGAAACGCAAUGGUUUACUUUUCGAGGUAAUUGUCUGAUUCAAAUAGAGUUUCCCAUGAAGGUUAAAGUCAAUAAAAUAGUCUUCAAACAAACCGGUAAUGCCGUCAAACAUAUUUCAUUAUUCAAUGAUGGUAAUUUGGAAGAGAAUAUACGUUUGAUUGAUAAAAGGGAUCAGGAAAUUGAAACGAAAAAUGGUAAAUAUGUAGACACCUUUAAAAUAGAAGUAGAAAAUUUUAAGGAUAUCAUUGGAAUCAAAGAUUUGGAUAUGAUAUUGAAGACGGAAAAUCCACCAUCAAGCAACAUUGUCAAAAUUCCAUUUUUGAUUAGAAUAAACAAACACCCACCAAUAGAAUCGAGCAGUCACGAGUUUUUACGAACAACAGACUUUGAAUACGUAAAACUGUUUUUUGUUUUAGGUGUUGGUGAAAAAUACACCUCGAUCGAUGUUCAUAAAAGUCAACAAGAACAAGAGUUUAUAGUACAUUUAACGUUUGUCGAAGGUACCAACUACAUCCUUCGUGGUGGUGGUUAUAUUUGUAGAGCCAAGAUUAACAUCAAAAAAGAAAAAAUAAAAUAUCCCUAUCAUCUUAAAGAGGACCAUACGAAAAAAGAAAUGUCGUUAGUACGCGUAAAUGUUUUUACUUUUAAUACCCGCGAAUAUAAUAAUGAUAAGCCAACCAAGGCCCUUCUAUACGAUAUUCCGUGGUUUUAG